AAUAUGAUUCGUCUCAUGAUCCAGUACAAUUCUGGAAACUGAUUUAAAAACUGUGAAUCUUUCCUUAUUUGAUUUGAUUCUCAAUCUUCUUUAUUUAUAAAACCAAAGAUUUGCUAUGUAGACACAAAUCCUUAACAAAAAAAUUCCUUUCCUCCAUUGACAAAAGGCUUGCUCUCAGAGUCUUCACUCAUCCAAUGAGCAAUGAGCAAUGAGCAAUGAGCGAUCAGCAAUUGGCAAAUGGCAGUGGCAACACCCAGUAAUUCCUCCCCCCAAAAGAGCCGUUACGCCUUCAUCGCUAUCAUUUUCACCACCAUCUUCCUCUUCACCAUUUUCGUCUUCACCAAACGAGCUCUUGAGCAAUCUCUCUUUCUCUACAAGGACCACUUUACCCAAAUCCCCUUUUCUUCUCCUCCUUCUUCAACUAACAAUUCCCACAGCUCUGACCUGAAGGACUCCAAUGACCAAAAUGGUGGUGAAAAUGAGAACCCAGAUGGUGAAAUGGGUGAAAUUCCGUGUGAUUUGUACGUGGGAAGUUGGGUGAGAGAUGAGCAAUACCCGCUUUACAAACCGGGUUCAUGCCCUUAUGUUGAUGAAGCUUUUGAUUGCCAGAGCAAUGGGAGGAGCGACUCUGAGUAUCUCAAAUGGCGGUGGAAACCUGACGGCUGUGAUCUUCCAAGGUUUAAUGCAACAGACUUUUUGGUGAGGCUACGGGGUAAAAGGUUGAUGCUCAUAGGAGAUUCCAUGAACCGGAACCAGUUUGAGUCAAUAUUAUGCCUCCUCCGAGAAGGCUUGCAUAAUAAGAGCAGAAUGUAUGAGGUCCAUGGCCACAAAAUAUCCAAAGAAAGAAGCUAUUUUGUUUUCAAAUUCCAGGACUAUGACUGUACGGUGGAGUUUGUGUUGUCACAUUUCCUUGUGAAAGAAGGAGUCCGCUUUGAUGAGCAAGGGAAGUCAAAUCCAACUUUAUCAAUGGAUCAAAUUGACAAGAAUGCUAAACGUUGGAAGAAGGCUGACAUUCUUGUCUUUAAUACUGGCCACUGGUGGGCUCAUGGAAAGACUGCUCGUGGGAAAAACUACUACAAAGAAGGAGAUUAUCUCUAUCCACAAUUUGAUGUAUCUGAGGCCUUUAGACGGGCCUUGAAGACCUGGGCUAGCUGGGUUGAGCUUAAUGUGAAUCCAAAAAAGCAGUUGAUCUUCUAUCGUGGGUACUCUUCUUCACAUUUCAGAGGUGGAGAUUGGGAUUCAGGUGGGUCAUGCAAUGGGGAAAAAGAACCAGCCUUCUCGGGGGCCAUAUUGGAUAGCUACCCUUUAAAAAUGAAGAUAGUGGAUGAAGUAAUCAAAGAAAUGAAGGUUCCAGUGAAACUAUUGAAUGUGACAAGGUUAACCAAUUUCCGCAAGGAUGGCCAUCCAUCAAUCCACGGACAGAAAGUUUCCACCAGGAGGGAAGACUGUAGCCAUUGGUGUGUUCCUGGAGUCCCUGAUGCAUGGAAUGAGCUCAUCUAUGCCACUAUGGCUUUUCAGCAGACCAAAUCAAACAGUACAGUUUCAUAGUCUCUUCUAUAUAUUACAAGAAACAGGAAGUCAUGUGUUCAUACAUACCACGGCCCGACGAAAGUAAUGAGAAAUUUUCUAAUGAUUGUCAAGAGAAUUCCUGGUCUUUGUCUUUAUUUCUUGUCAUGUGGUGUGGUUUCUUUUGUUUUUCUUUAGGGCCGGCUGACCGUAUCUAACAAGAUUUCAGUCUAGAUUCUGUGUUUGCUUAAAGCUCAAGGAAAAAUUCUUCAACA